AGGUUCAAUCCUAGCUUAUACUAAGCAUUACCCUUAAUCAUAUUAGGGAAGGACAGGUGAAAAUAUGGGAUCAGAACACACUCAAAAGCUUCCACUAAUUGACUUCAAUAACCUCAACUUUGAAGCCAAAAAUCCCAAUUGGGAGUUAGUGAAGUCCCAAGUCUAUAAGGCAUUAGUAGAGUAUGGUUGCUUUGAAGCAAUUUUUGAUAAAGUUCCUUUAGACCUUCGCAAAGCCAUAUUUACUUCAAUAGAAGAGCUCUUUGAUCUCCCUUUAGAGACUAAGCUACUCAAUGUGUCUAAUAAGCCUUAUGAUGGCUAUAUUGGUCAAUAUCCUGUAGUUCCACUUUAUGAGAGCAUGGCCAUUGAGGAUGCAAAUAUCUUAGAGAAAGUAAAAAGCAUGACCAAUAUCUUGUGGCCUGAUGGAAACAAAAAUUUUAGUGAAACCAUACAUUCCUUCUCUGAGGAGCUAAUUGAGUUGGAUCAGAUUAUUAGGAAGAUGAUUUUGGAAAGUUUAGGUGUUGAAAAGUACUUGGAAGAACACAUGAACUCAACCAAUUACCGACUCAGGGCUAUGAAGUACAAAGGCCCUCAAACAAGUGAUACAAAAGUAGGUCUCACCCCACACACUGACAAGAACUUUGUGACCAUAUUGUACCAAAAUCAAGUGGAAGGUUUAGAGAUGAUGACCAAAGAUGGACAAUGGAUAAGCUACAAGCCUUCUUCAGGAAGUUUUGUAGUUGUGCUUGGUGAUUCUAUUCAUGCAUGGUCAAACGGGAGGUUGCAUUCGCCAUUUCACAGGGUGAUGAUGAGUGGGAAUGAGGCAAGAUAUUCAGCAGGGUUGUUCUCUACCCCCAAAGGAGGGUACAUUAUAAAAGCUCCGGAGGAGCUGGUGGACGAGGAGCACCCUUUGCUCUUUAAGCCUUUUGAUCAAGCUGAGUUCCUCAAGUAUUAUCACUCUCGAGAAGGCGCGAGGGAUCGGUUUGCUAUCCGCACUUAUUGUGGUGUUUGAGCUAUUCACACUUACUGCUCAAAUUACACAGGUGUUACGCUUGGAUAGUGUUACAUUGCUCAAUAACGUUUUAGUAGAUACGUAUUUUACAAGUGUUCCUCAAGUAUUACUACUCUCAUGAUGCCAUAAAUAUAUAUGGUGUGUGUUCAAGUGUUCUCUAGACAAUUUACCUUGAACUUGAUAAAAGUUUGUUAUAUGUUGUUUGUAUUGACUUUGUAAGAAGUAUUGGUGUUGUGUGAUCAAAUAUAAAACUACUAUGCUUUGUGUUCUUGUCUUGUCUUGAUUAAAAGACAAAUAUUUUUGUAUGUAAGCACUUAUGCAAAGUUGAAGAGAAUAUCAAAUUAAAUUUGAACAA